CGUAUCUGUGCUUCAAAUGCCGGGGGCGUUUGAAUACUUGCAGAAAACCGUGACAAAACGCCCACCUUUCGCCCCCCCAAAAAAGCGUGACGUCCCAAAGGCCCAAACCUCAACCUGUUUCAAAUUAUGAGCUCUCCAAUGCUGCUCUUUCUAUUUUAGGCAUGGGGCGCGUAUCAGAACAAUCUACUGGUCUCCCAACCCCCCGCCGGAUGAACUAGCCUCAACCCGCGGUGGGUCAGCUGAGACGCAAGCGAGCGCAUCCACAGGCGCAACCCCAGGCCCGGCGCUUGACGGCUUUGUCGUAUGCAUCGCCUGUGAGUGAUCGACUAUGAACUUCGCCGACCGCGCAUGUUUCAGUACACCGAAUACUAGAAUAAUAGGAUGACGCGUAUCUGUAUUAUCAUAUUAUGCUAAACGACGCAAUGCUGCGAACUGUGUCCGAGGUUGCGAUAUCCGCCGCGGUGCUUUCGGUAGCCGUCCUGAGUUAUGCACCUCUCGCCGAGAGACACUGUGCAGGCCUGGGCCCGCAGACGUUGCCUUGGACGAAGCUUUUGAGCGGGUACCCGUGCACUGCCACGACCGGAGCGAGGGCGGGCUAUCUGUUGUUUAAUGGCUUGGCAGUAUUACGUGACAUUACGUAUAUUGAUGCUUCCGACAAAUGGCUGACCUUUGGGACGCUUGCGGUCGUCAUGCGCUUCCUCGCGACGCUGGUGUUGCCGCCCGACACCUACAAGGGCCUGGCGGUGGUACUUAUGUACUUCUGCCGGCUGCAGUUCUUCGUGUUCAUGCUGCUGCGCGGCCCUGCGGCAGAGCCGUCCUACUUGAGCCUGACGACAGCGUUCAAGCUAAAUGUGGUCUUCGAUAUUAUGUUGUUCAUCUCCACGCUCGGCUGCAAGCCGCCCAGCAUUGCAGCCGAGGUGGCUGUGGGCACGUUCCAGACGGCCGCUGCGGCUGUGCUGCACUGCUGGCACGCGCACCGCACCGCGCUGGCGCCGCCGCUCUACCAGAUCAUCGCCAUGCGCCUGGUGGUCAUGGCGAUCAAUGCCUACACUGGCAUGGUGCUGGGUGGCGGCAGGGUCCGCGGCGCCAGGUCGCCGAGCACAGGCGCAGGCGGUCCUUCAGGCUCGGGUGCUGGAACGACGGAUGGGGCGCCAGCAGCCCGGCUAGCGAGCAAGUGCGAAAGCUUUGAUGUGGUGGGCCCUGUGGGGCUGAGGGCUUGCGAGGGUGGAGGCGGGCCGGCGGCCACGUGCUCCGCCGACGCAAGCCCAGCCGCAAGCAAUGCUGCGGCGGGCUCCGCCGCGGCUCUCUCAGUUGGUUUGCCAGCAACGGAGGCGCCAGGCGCAGCGGUACCGCAGGAAGGGGAAGUGGCCCAUCGGCAGUACGCUCCUGUGGAGGCUGAAGCAGCGGCGGCAGGAGCAGCCUCCUACAACACUGCCGCGGCGGACGCUUCGUUGGCGCGCAUGCGAGCAUUGCUGGCCAACCGGCCCUACCGGUCCAUUGUGCAGCGGCGCGCAUUGACAUUCAAGGUGCCAUGGGCGGAGCCGGAGGACCUCCAGCCGGGCUUCCAGCAGCGGCUGGCGGAGCUGGUGGCGGCCAAGGGGCUGGUGCUGGCGGACAUGAGCGUGCGGAGGGGUUGCAUUGAGCUGGUCAUGGUGCUCCAGUCGUCGCAGGAAGCUGGCGGUGAUGCAGCACAUCGGCCGGAUGGCGGACUGGAUGCAGCCAGCCUGGUGCGCGCUCUGGGGCUGCAGCGCAGCAACCGGGAUGGCGGCGGUAGUGACGACGGCGAGCAGGGCGGCCGCGAGGCGGAGCUGCUGGCGGCGGUGCAGCGCGUGCACGACAUCGUGCUCACCCGCGGUGCCGCAGCUGCAGGCGUUCUGGCGGUGACGGGUGCAGGGCCGCCGGCGCCGCGAAUUGUGAACGUGUGGCCGCGGGUGCUGCAUGUGCCGUCGGCAGUGCAGCGGGCGGAUGGGGACCUGGCGACGGCGGCGGUGGGCACCGCGGCUGGCCCCGUGACGCUGCGUGUUCGCGUGGAGUGGCCGGCCGGGGCGCAAGGGCCGGCCGGUGGCGCGCCCGGUCUUGCGACGGUGCUGAUGCAGGCGGGGGGCGUGUUGCUGCCGGUCCGAGUCACCGCCAGUCGCCUGGUGCCCCCAGCAGAUGUCGCUACUGGAGGCAGCGACGCUGCUGACGUCGCCGGCAACGGCGCCGCUUCUGCGCUGCUGGCAGAGUACGAGAUCGAGCUGGAGUCGCGGCCGCCACGCCCCGGGUCUAUGAUGCUGGAGCUCCGCGGCCCAACAACCCAGGCCGCUGUGGGCGCCGGACCCCAGGCCUCAGCCACAGCCUACCGCAUGUUGGCGCCAAUGCUGGCCGUGGCCCAUGCCGCAGCGGUGGAGGAGCUAUCUGCCAACAUGGCGGACUGGCCUUCCGAUGCCGAGUCGCAGCUGGAGCUGAACGAGCUGGUGUACGACCUGAGCACGUGGGCAGACGCCGCCGCGGCGGCGGGCGCCGGCGCCUGGGCCGGCGGCGCAGAGUGGGACCACGUGUUCGGGUGCGCGCCCUUGGUGGCCGCAGACGAGGUGGUGUGGUCGGAGCUGUUGCCGCACCUCAUCAACUACUGCCGCGCGGCGGGCUGGAACGCAACCGCCGAAGCAGUGCAGGCGGACCAGAUUGCGUACACCGAGCUCAGCGCGCGCCAAGCGGGCCAGCAGGGCGCCACAGUGGCAGCUGCCGCUGGUGCAGGCGUGACGGGUGACGGUGUUGCUGCCGCUGCUGCGGAUGCAGCCGCAGUGGUUGCGCUUGCCGAUGCCGCGACUGCGGGCACCGCGCCUGCUACCGCAGCCGACCUGCACGCGUCCUUCGACCUGCACGCGGCCGCACUGCUCAAGUCGACUGAGUUCUUCGACGACGAGCCGCACCCGGACGUGCUCUCCAGCUUCGCCAGUGGUACUGGUAGCCUUCUGGACAGCAGUCCGGCUCUCCUGGCGCCUCAGCACCGGCGCCCGGCACAGCCGGUGUGGUGGCAGGCGCUGCUGCAGGUGCUGGGGCUCUCCCAGCAAGAGACCCCCGCCGAGACCGCCGCCUUCCGGGCCUUUGUGUGCGCGUGGACGACAUCGCUUGCCAACAUUGCCCAGGUGACGGAGCUGUUCAUGGUGGUGGCGCUGCUCAGCCGCGGCGCGCUCGCCGGCCAGGCCGCGCUGGGCGGCGAGCUGGCCAUCGUGCUGAGCGGCUGCGGCCUGGGCGCCGCCGCCGCCGUGGCGUGGGCGCUGCUGCCGGCGGAGCGCUGGCGCCAGGUGGCGCUGCGGCUGCGUGUGCCGCGGCAGCUGGGCUACCUGGUGUCCAAGUCGCUGCUGGGGCUGGGGCUGGCGCGGCCGCCGGCAGGCGCGCUGGCCUACGCGGCCGGGCCCGGUAUGCUGCUGAUGGAGGGAGCCAUCCUGCCUGGAGCCUGCCUGGUGUCGCCCGCCGCCGCCAUGGCCAUCGCCUGCAUCAAGCUGCCGCUCAACGUGCUGUGCUCGCUGCGGCUGGGCAUCGCGGGUGGCAGCCUGGGCGCGGCGCUCAUCAUUGGGCUCCGCACCGAGGUACUGGGGCUGCUCACCAACACCGCCUUCCACGUGUACCUGCGCCUGCGCUACCAAGAGCAAGCGGCGCCGGCGCCGGCCGCGGUGCCGGUGUCGUCGUCUGCAAGGGAACGCGUGGCAGCACCGGGGGGUCAAAUGGCAGGUGGCAGCGCCGGCGGCAGUGUGCAGGCAGCAGCCGGUGGCGCCGGCGGCUCGAGGGGCGCAGGGCUGAUGCGGCGCACGGCAGGAGCAGCCAGCAGGCUCGCGAACGGCGCACGGGCAGCAGACGGCGGGUGGUGAAGAUGUUAUGUUGCGAAUAGAGUAUUUACGGAGGACGUCACGCGUUUCAUGUCGUGCACGCGUGCAUUUCACCUAAGCGCGUGUUAAUGCAGAAUGCCAAUGCACCCAUAGACAUGUGAUACAGUUUGCUGAAGCUGAGCGUGGUCGUGAGGCUCUUUGUUCACGUGCAGCAACCAGAAGGGAGCCAUGUGGUGCGCAGGCACGCUCCUCUCUGCAAGUGGGUUCAUGAACCUGCAGGAGCGUUGCCCACGCCACGGUACUCACCCUGCGCCACGGCCAAUAGUAGGUCCGAGCCCGGCCGGACGGGUUAACGAGUCGAGGAAUUCGUGCACUGGUUAUGAGGCUACAGGCUUGCGGAAGUGGGGCUAAGAGCAAGGGAAGGCACGCGUGGAUCCCCGACCUGUGCCGCGUGUGCUGCCUUGGCCCCCGAGCCCAGGGGGCGCCCUGCCCUGCCCUAGCCCUAGCCCAAUACAAAGCACAGGGACCGCGGUGCCUGCAUCCUCCUCCCCUGACUGUUGCCGGGGCUCAGCCCUUUUUCCAGCUGUACAAAACUGCCACCCCUUGUCUUUAUUGCGAGACGUACGACGAGAUGAGACGAAAUGAAUGCUAUGACGCGGUUGCGCUCUGCUGGUGAGGCAGCCGGAUGCAAUUGCAUUAGGUUUGGCGCCAGCCGUGCGUGGCACACGUCAUCUCGAUGGGUGAUGGUAGUAAAUAAGGGUGCAGUAAGUGCAUCUUGGCAUAUUCUCUUGAUGAUGGUAUGUUGCUCUACGCAAUUCUACUUUGGGACUGAUCCGCAUCAUUCGUACCGUGUUUGCACAAUGGAGGGACCUCUGCACUGAUAGUGGAUAGAGGGGGGCUGUAUACAGAGGCGCGCACGUGUGUCAGAGGCAUGCACACGCCCUGGUCCCGCUUUCGCGGGUUGUCAGACAGGAGCCCUGAUUGUUCCAGGCUGGGUUGCGCAAAUACCGUCGUUUUUUUGGGCUGAGCCCCCCCAGCGCAGCGUUCCAGGGGGGGGCCGAAGCCCCCCAGGAACCCCCCUGUCCGUGCUGCGUUCGUGCGUCGGCAAAACAUAGCAUACUGGCACAAAUCGCGACUGCCACGUAUUAGUAUUUGUUAAUGCCUAUUGCAUGUAAAUAGGCCGCCCA